UCCACCGUCAAUCACACAGUGCAGUGAAAAGCGAGUUUCGAUACGGUUCAAUUUUUUGUUUCGUCGCGCGUUUGCCCUGCCCAGGUUAAAGGAAAGUGGUCGAUUUGUGUGAUCCGGAAGUUCUAGUCAGUGAGUUUCGCCAGCAGUCCAUAGUGAAAUACGGCAGAUUUGUUAUUGUUACUGCCAAUUGGGUACGAACCAGGGAGAGAUAAAGAACGAAAGCUGCAUAGUCGCAAGUGACGCAAGAUGCAGACGAUAAAGUGCGUCGUGGUGGGCGACGGUGCCGUUGGUAAGACCUGCCUGCUCAUCUCCUAUACGACCAACAAGUUCCCGUCGGAGUACGUUCCGACCGUGUUCGAUAACUAUGCCGUCACGGUGAUGAUCGGUGGCGAGCCGUACACUCUGGGCCUGUUUGAUACUGCUGGUCAGGAAGAUUACGACAGGCUGAGGCCUCUGUCCUACCCGCAGACGGACGUCUUUUUGGUUUGUUUUUCCGUGGUCAGCCCAAGUUCAUUCGAGAACGUUAAAGAAAAGUGGGUUCCGGAAAUAACGCAUCACUGUCAGAAGACGCCGUUUCUGCUAGUGGGCACCCAGAUCGAUUUGCGGGACGAGCAGAGCACACUGGAGAAGCUGGCCAAAAAUAAACAGAAACCGAUCACACUCGAGCAGGGCGAAAAACUGGCCAAGGAACUGAAGGCGGUCAAGUAUGUGGAGUGCUCAGCGCUGACGCAGAAAGGACUCAAGAAUGUAUUCGAUGAAGCAAUCCUAGCGGCGUUGGAACCCCCAGAGCCAGCGAAAAAAAGAAAGUGCAAGUUUUUGUAAGCUCUUUCAAGAAGUUUGUAUUGUUUUUUUAAAAAAGUCGCCAGCAGCAAAAAGUAAUUAACAAAAAAAAACGGCAACAAAAUAGGAAAGAAAAAAAAACCUCUAACGGAAGUUAAACAAACAUUAUACAAACAUAACAACAAAGGAGGGUGAAGUACUGUUUUGACACAAACAACCUUACCUUUCCUGAAAAAAACCGAAAAAAUGAGCAAAAAAAUUGUACUAACACUUUGUUUAAAAUCUUUACCUAUGUACUAGCGGAAAGAAUGAAUUACAAUUGUAUUAAAGAAAUCAGAACGAGACAACCGUUUUAGAAGAAACAACAAAAUCUAACCAUCCUGUAGCAAGAAAAAAAAAACAGCAACUAAACUUACAGACACAAAUUAAGGUUACAUACAAUUAUUAAGUGGUCUAAACCAGAAUGUUUCUGGCAGGAGCAGGCAUACAACACAGUAAAAUAAUGUUGCUACUAUUCAACUGAGCAAAAAGGGUAAAUUUGAAACUACCUACAAAAAGAGGAAAUUUAUACAGCUUUUUACAAACAAAAAACAAAAUGAAAUUAUUAACAAUUUAUACCACAACUAGCGGAGGCGAAAGAUCAUUCGAGCUUUCUGAAGGAGGGGCAGUUGAAAACGGCUCACUAGAACUUUAUAGAAGGGAUUGAGUGCUAUAGCAGAAAGCUUACUGAGAGGGCUAAACACAGUCUGGUAAUUCUAUCCAAUCACACACACACAUAAACCAACAAACACACGCCCACUAGUUUUGGGGCUCUUCGUAUUAGUAUUUGCAUCGUGCUAUAUAAUUAUUACAGCAGGGGUUAGCAUCGAUGCAAGCAAACAAACAAAAACAGUGUCAGUUUUUUGCGAAGUUAGGUUUUUUAUUGAAUUAAAUAUAAUAUAUUAAACUAAACAAAAAGUGGUAAAAAAAUAUAAUUGCUAGGAACCGAAAAUAACAAACAGACAAACAAACAUCGUACGCAAGUAUUUACCGACAGAAGAGGAACAAAAUCACUGCAUGCAUACACAAAACUGAAAAUCCCAAUUCUGUUAAGUUGUUCAACAAUUUCCAUUGUGCAUUUGUCAACCACAUUCACACCGUUAGUUUCUGUUUGUGUUUGCACUUUACCCCAUUAAACUGCUGUACAGUGCACUCACACACAUACCCACAAUCAUUCUGCAUUAAACGAAACGAUUUCAAACAAAUCUUAAAGCAUUAACUCUUCCUCUACACUUAUCAGUUGUUUUUUUUUUUCCUUCUGCGUAUUUCCAUCUUCGAGAUACUACUGUACUGUUAGGAAAAUAGAUUUAUAUUUAAUAAUUAUAUAAUAUAAUACUAAAAAAGGCGACAUUUUUGUAUUGCUGAAGAGUUUCGUUUUUCCCCUUUUGUAACCGACGGAAAACACGUUUCUAUGUUCAUGGAAUUCCAAUUGUAGAGAGCGAAACAGAAGCAGAAAAAACUAAGUUUUGUAGUUACAUAAGUUCUGUAAACAAACAAGAAAAAUAAAGCAACAACAGAGACAAGAUUCUGCCUAAUCUUGUAAGAUAAAAAAAAUCAGCUCUAAUAUAUAUUUCGUAUAUAUUUUAUUUUAAACAAAUAAAAUCAUUAUCUUCAUGCCAAAACUAAA